AUGGGUGGCGGGCGACGCGCACAGUGGCCGUCGGUCAAGAUCAGGGUCCAACAUCGAGAUACCGCCUGGCAGUCGAUGGUCGUCGGGGAUGAUGCGGGGUCAGAGUCAGUGGCAAUAAAAUAUCUUGCUCCGGCAUGCGGAGGUAGGGCCGAGUGGGACGAGAAGGGAAACGAGUAA